AUGGCACCCCUUAGCCGGUACACGUUCGACCUCCAGACCGAUCAUACGCGUCCGGAAUCGUACUAUGACCAGAUUUGCGCUCUUUCUGAGCAGACUAUCAACAAGAACUUCGAGAAGCUGUUUGAACAGCGCAAAGAUGACAUCACACAGCUUAAAUAUUACAAAGGAGACAUCAGCGAUGGAAAGGUCAUGGCUGUUCUCAACCCACCUGUUAUAACUCUGAAGUUUGAUGAUGUUGAUGCAAAGAUGCUCUUCCGUCUAAGCUUCAAAUCUGGCUACGUAAUUGUGGGCAAGGGUGAGCGUAAUCAGAUCAACCUGAGUGGUUGGGAGAUUGCGGUCCCUGCCAACCUGAGCACCAUGGUUGUCAACCCACCAGAAGCCGAGAAUCUUUCCAAACAGGAAAGAAAGCUAGCAAAUAACUCAUUCCACGAGCUCCAGAAGACUUAUGAGUUUCACGCGACAGCAACGCCAGAGGAGCAGCGGCCCUCGAAUGACAAGUCUCCGCCUCGUCGUAUGAUGAAGCCUGGAGAAUACUCCAUACAUCGCCUGUUUGCAGCCAUUAACGUGAGUAAUGACAAUGUAUGGGCACCAACAUCAGACAGCGACUGGGGCCUCCCUGAUAUGCAAGCUUCCUCGGUGCCGGGGCCCAAUGGCAGCAGGCUCAGCCUACAGGAAUGGACUGAGGAGGCCGAGAAUCGGAGCCGACAGGCAAGCGUAAUGCACGUCCUGCGAUCUUGGGCUGCCGAUCACAGGGACUCAGCCUUGUUCACUCUGGGUCUCCAAAUUCAACUCCCAGAGAAAGAAGACAGUCGCACCCCGAGCUUCAUUCCCACGGCCUUGCGCCUUCAGAACUACCCAUAUUUUACCGAUGCGGAGAUUCGAGAUUAUAAGGAACCAGAGAACUUUACAGUUGGAGAGGUUGGUCGUCUCUACAACUGCUUUGUGUAUUGCGAGGCCACAGAUGGGAGAAGCCUCCCUAAGGUCAAGCGUCUUCCAUUUACCGGAAACCUGGCGGAACCCAACGGGCCUCUAGGAGGAGAUCUUGGAACCGGUGAGAUCAACGGGAGUUUCGUGGUUAGCCACCAUCUCUACCUGGAGAGCAACCUCCUGAAAAUACUCCGGGACCUGUCUCGUGCGAUUCAAGUCAUUCCCUUGACGCCUGAAUGUACCGUCAACGACGACAAAAAGGACAGAUUCCAGCCACGAUUUGCUUUUGGUAGUGACCCUAGCGAGGCGUGGGACAAGAACAGACUGCCAAACUCACAUGUCAAUCGCGGCGAUCCCUUGGAUGCACACUUCGAUUGGAAGCCAUCCCCUGGAGGGGGAUACGAAUGGUCUGAUUUUGUGGAGGCUUGGGGCAGCAAGACCGAAGUUUAUGAUUUUGGGGCUGCAGGUUAUCAGCCCGGCCCCUUUUUUCGUAAGUGGGAUAUCAAUGCCAAAAUGAGCACCAAGGUCUCCUGGGUAGAAGGCACAAGUAAGAUCUUGGUGUCUGGACGCACGGAGUACUUCCAUUGGGAGGGAUAUAACCGGUCAACCCCGAACUUUCAAGCUAGCAAAAAUGGAAGCUGUCAAUGGGGCGAAUUCUCCACCAUUGUAAAGUGGAGCUUCAUCAUCAACCUGAGAGUGCCAGAAGAUCUUCAGAAAGACCCCACACAGUACAAUGGAGUUAUCGAGCCAACUCUUGAGGGGAUCGACCCGAAGACCUUUUUGCCAAAUGACUACAAUGUUGAUAAGAGCCACAUGCAAUAUGUUCUCCACAAUGCUCACGAGCCAAUUUGUAAUACAAUCAACCAGCAAAUCGCCGCCUCGAUCUCGAACAUCAAUCGGGCCAUCAAGGGAAAAUUUGCCAGUAUUGGCAACUUCUUCUAUCCUGGUACCCAAGAGUUAAUCUUUGGCCCACCCCGGUUGACUAAAUCGGGCGAUAUUAUUGCCACAAUCAGCUACAAGGAGUAA